GCGCAUGCGCAUCAUACACACUCAUAUACAGACACACAUACACAUACACAGCUCUGAGAUCAGCUCAACUAUUUUGAUUUCUCAAUGUAAAAAAUGAUAAAAGCCAUUUCUCGUGCCUCUUCUGGACAUUAUCCGGCACAUUUUUGUGAGUAUACGCGCGGUGGAUUUUUGAGUAAUGCGUCGUAGUUGAUACAAAAAAGGAAAUCGCUUAUUUUUUUUCAUUAUUAACAUUAAGUUGUACUCAGUGGCAAACUUUGGCCACACCUAGAUCCUGUCCCAUUUCCACUAAAAAAAAGACAGGCUUUUUUUUUUUCCUCUUUCUGGUGCGUUUGUUUGUGUGACGGCGAGUCCCGGCGGUGUAACCGGAGAGGGGCCUCAGAGAGGGAAUGCAGGACUGCAAUGGAGCACAAUGCAAUACAGUGGUUGGGUGCUCCCUCCUGCCAGCGAGGCAGCUACGCCUUCUACAAGUCGGUGAGCAGCAGAAGUCAACCCGACGGCCCCGUCCAGGUCUGGAGGCUCGGGGAGUUUUACUUCAUCCGCUGUGGACCGCAGGAUCCCGUGUGCAUUGCUGAGGUGACCUUACUGUGGGAAGACCAGACACAGCGACACCUGCUGGCCAGCGCCAGACUCUACUUCCUGCCUGAAGACACACCGAAGGGCCGGACCAGGGAGCACGGAGAGGAUGAGGUUCUGGCGGUGUCCAGGAAGAUGGUGGUGCGGGUGGAGGACCUGGUGCGAUGGUCGUGUUCAGAGCCGGCAGGUUGGAGCCGCAGCUCCAAGCCGCCGCCCUGCGGGACCAACGGCCUCCACAAACCUCCGGAGAGCAGCGACAGUAACGGCAGCAACAACACGCCGGACAAGAGCAGCAAGCCGCUGAAAGACAAGACUGAGAACGGCUUGACGGAGCGUCAGGGCGUCAAAGUGCUCAGCUACCCGCAGUACUGCCGCUUCCGCUCCCUGCAGAGACGCAUCCAGGACGGAGCGAGGGGCCCGGGGCUGCAGGACCCCCACCUGCUGGCUCUGGGGGGGAUCCGGGUGCUGCCCAGCAUCCGGGUGUUGUACUGCAGGGACACCUUCAACCACCCGACGCUGGAGAGCAGCACCAACUUCUCCUGGCAGUUCAGAUGUCCGUCUCUCAGUCUUCGAGGACGACCUCGCAAGAGGAGAGGCCGAGACGGCAAAGACUCCCCAAACUCCAGCCAAUCAGAGUCCUGGAUCGAGAGGAUGAAGGAGAACGUGAUGGGCAGCGUGGAGGUCGGCUGUGAGGGCAGCUGGCUCCCCCACCCUGAAGAGCAGCUGUUCCUGGAUCAGCUCUACGUCUUCAUGGACCGCCACGGCUCGCCCAUCCAUAAAGUCCCCAACCUCGGCUUCAAGAAGAUUGACCUCUUCCUCAUGUACUCUGUGGUCAAACGGCUCGGCGGAUACGAAAAGGUGACAUCGGACCGUCUCUGGAAAGUGGUUUAUAACGAGCUGGGAGGAUGUCCCGGCAGCACCAGCGCUGCGACCUGCACCAGGAGACACUACGAGAGGCUGAUGCUUCCUUAUGAAGAGCACCUCAGAGCAGGAGGAACAGAACUCAAAAUCCCAGAAUCCCCCGUGCCUCCGAAGCCCAGAGGGAUAAGAGGAAGGAAACCGCUUCCAAGGGGGCGAAAACCAGGACCCAAAGCCAAGAAGAUUACAACCCCUCCUCCUGCUCCUCGCACUGUGGUGAACCCGGACGGCACCGUGGUGGUGAAGAGAGGCAGAGGCCGGCCGCCGGGCAAACGCAACAAGGCCACGCUGAUCGCUCAGGCGAAGCUGCUGGCUCAGCAGCAGGCUAAAACUAAAGCAGCAGCAGCAGCGGCGGCCGAGUGUCCGCUGCAGAGUCCUCUGCUUCCACCCAGAGGCAGAGCUGGACCGACCCCCGGCAGCACACACAGGGUGCCGCAGCCUCUCCAGACUCCCUCCCUGCAGCCCGUCCAGUCGGCCAUCCUCCCCGCCAACAUGCCCCUCACGCCUGACCUCUCCCCCAUGUCCGCCCCCUUCCUCCCCUUCCAGCCCAAACCCAAGGAGCUGAAGGACAGGGGGGAGUGUGCGGCUGCGGCUCCGGGUGUGCUGCUCUCCGCUCUGCCGCGCCACUUCGUCGGGGGAUCUCUGGGCGGCUUCAGCCCCAUCAAAGGCAUGUGUCCCCUGGAUGUUCUCAGGAGCCGCGUGGGCUUCCAGAGGAGCCUGGAGAGCCCGGCCCUGACGCCUCAAGACCCGACCCAGCACCACACGACCAUCUACACCCUGCAGCCUAAAAGUGGAAGCCCGGAUACUCCUCAGCCAAGUGGAGACCAGCACCAGUCUCAACCCCACCUGCUGCAACAUCUCCACAACCGCUGCUCGGGGUGUAACGUGGACGAGGCGGCCCAGAGAGGAGGCGGCCGGGACGCCAGGAACCGGCUUCCUCUGCCGCCUCUUCGGGUCCUGCCUUUGGAUCUGGACUGCAGCGUUCAGGUGCGGCAGCUGAUGAGGACUCGUCUGGACUCGUCUCAGCUCCAGACCUUCACCCGCCGGCUGUCUGAGGCGCUGUCUCAGGACCUGAGCACCAAGCCCCCCUGUUCUCCCAUCACCCCUCCCCCCGAGCAGGCCCUGCCCCUCAACCUCAGCAAGCGCUUCACAACUAAGAGACCCAGCACAGAGGGACCAGAACCGAACACAGAUCAGCCGUCAGCCAAGAGACCCAGAGCGGGCUGCACGGAGCAGGCGGAGGACUUCAGCCUGAGCCGGUCCAGCUGUUCAGGAAGUGGAGGAGGAGGAGGAGGAGUGCAGGAUGUGGAGAUGAAGAACCAAGAGGAACCCGCAGACCUGAGCUCCCCCAGCAGGAUCAGGGCCUUCCUGCUCGGGCUGCCACCCUUCCAGGUGAAACUCGAGGAGGAUCUGACCGGGAUGAGGUUUGGGAAAUUUCUUCCUCCGGGAUCUGAGGCUGAAACCCAGAGGACUGCGAAAGAGCGAGGCGAGGGAGGAGUAAAGAAAGAAGUGAAGAAGGAGGAGGACGUGAUUGAAGUAGAGCGACGUGACGCUGAGACGUCAGAGCAGAAAGAUCCCACACAGAUGGAGUCUACGACCAUACAGGUCGAGUUUGUUAAAGGUGAAGACGUUGAGAUGGGAAACCAGGAUGUUAAGGAGGAAGGGAACAGCUCGGCGAUCUCCUCCGUGGGCCAGAUCGGGGAUUUUGGUGGCCAGCAGAUGGCCGGCGUAGAGAAAGUGGAGUGCGACGUCGAAGCCUCCAGCAAAGGGCUGCCGAGCCCCGUCCUGCCCCAGCCCACCGCUCUGGUCCUGGCCCAGCAGAGCUGAAGAGCCCUCAAACACUGUUGUUUUUAGCAUUAUGUGAUCGAAAAGCUGUCGGAUAAGUAGAGGAUUUGGAAUCUGGAAAGUUGUAUCCACCGUGGGGAGCUUCAGCGGGCUCAUGUUAGAGCCUGAAUACUCGGAGCAGGGAUGUUUCUUUUCUUCAUCAUUCUGUCUCCUUGUUGAUAUUUCCUGUUUUGUUUUGUUUUUCUGUUUUCGAUCAUUAAUUGAACUUGCAGAGGAAUGUCAACACAGAGACUCAUGACAAUCA